AGAUCCCAAUAAUGAAGAAUUGUUGAAGAAAUAGUUGAAACCGGAUUUUUGUCAAUCUCAUGACAAAAUGAAAAAUGUCAAAAAAAACAUGAUUUCCACAUCCUAAUCAACAAAAUUCAAGUGCAUAAUAAACUUCAACACCAUGCCCGAAAAGACAGUGGAGAAAUGUGCCGGAUGUAGGAAACCUAUAACAAAAAAUUACGUCUUUGCCCUGGGUAAAAAGUGGCAUGUAGAACAUUUCAAGUGUACACGGUGCUCAAAAAUUAUCUCAAGACAAACUUUCUUUCAGAAAAAUGGCCUUCCUUAUUGUAGAAACGACUUUUUAGAAUUAUUCCACCACAGAUGUAGUAAAUGCAACGAACAUAUCUUAACAGAGGCUGUGGAAGCUUUCAACAAGUUUUGGCAUGUCAAUUGUUUUACAUGCACAACAUGCCAGAAACCAAUCAAGCCACCACUUUAUUUUGUCAAAGACGGGAAGCCCUACUGUAUUGAAGAUUAUGAAAAAAAUUUCGCCCCCAAAUGUAAAGGAUGUGGAGAAUACAUAUUUGAAGACCACUUGAAAGUUUUGGGUGGAAUGUGGCAUUUCACAUGCUUUGUUUGUAAAGAUUGUAAGAAACAAAUUGAGAAGAAGUACUUUUUGAUAGACAACAAACCAGUUUGCGAAGCUUGCAUAGAUAGCAAUAAGGACAAAUCGAGAAGGUGUUAUCAAAGUUGCUGUAGUUUUCAUCGGGACUAAAACUUAAGGAUUAAAUGGAAUUUUCAAACUUUAAUAACAAAAAAUAAAUGCAACAUAUGUAACUAUAAAAUUAUACAGAAGAUAUGAUACAAAUUCAUUAAUAAUCA